GUAGGGUCUGCUGAUAAUAGUAACUGUACGGAAAGUCAACUAACGUUGUGUGAGAGUCAGUUUAAUGAAAACAGCCUACCAGUUUGUCUUGAGGUGAUUGAAUUGAAAACUUGCCUAACUGCCUGUGAAAAUAUCAAGGAAUGGUCAAGCUGGAAUGUAUAUACCAAAUAUGAAGCACUUGUGAGAAAAAUGAAUUCAUACCCUGAUUGUAUUCCAGAAAGCAAAGGUAGAUAUGUCAUAUUUUUUGUUUAAUUGUUAUGGAGUUUUCAAACAUAGUAUUGGCUUGUCAUUUGUUUACUGUAAUAUCGUUGAAUCAGUAAUGGUAGAGAAGAGUAUGUGAACUUUUCAGAGACUAGAUUAGAUAUGGUAUCAUAGAAAGAGGUUUGGCCCUGCAGUUAUGCCGUACUUAAGUUGGUUGUACAUGAUCUUAUUUGUUAGUAUACAUUGUAGUCCUGGCCCUGGUUAUUCCAACAUUGGAUAGCGCUAUCCACCGGAUAAUCACUAUCCAGCGGAUAAAUAUUAGGGAAACCAACUGGGGCCUGAAGUAAUCAUAUUCAAAGUUCCAGAGAUGAUUGGGUCAUCCUUAAUUUGAAUUAGGUUCGGCCAAUGCAAUGUUUGGCAUUUGAAUUGGCCCUAAAGGGUUGAUAGGGUUCCUUUGUAAUGCCAGCAGUUGUCAUUGUUAUAUUGUGCUUACAUUGCUGUUCUAUUCUUUUCUCUUAACAGUUAGCAAAAAGAAAUGUAAUGAGGAAUUUGUUAAUAAUUGCUAUCAGCAGUAUAAUCAUAAUGCUACACCGAUAUGUCCUGAAGUGAAAAAGCUACGAAUGUGCAUCAGUGAACUGACAGGUUGCCAUGCCAUGAAGCACCCAAAAUUUGUGCAGUCAAGGGAUAUACUUGAAAAGCACCGUGAUUGUUUCUUUGUAAAUUACUCAAGGAUUCUGGAAGUCCUCAAAAACAAAGGUCAGUGUGCUGUGGUCUCAACAACACUCUGGCAGGAAAAAAACCCCAAAGGUUUCAGUUUAUGACCCUUUAAGAGGGUUCUCAACAGAUGUUGCACCUGUUUUAUUUUGUAUUUUGUAUUUAAUUUUUACUCCAUCCUAUAGAUAAUACAUUAGUUGUACAAUAUUAAUUAGUACAAGGUUGUUUAAACUACAUGUACAUAAGAAAAAAAAAUUAGAAUGGAGAAGGGCACAUUAUAGUAAAACUAAUUAUGGCGCUUUAACAGGAUUGACUUUAUUCUAUUAUAACUUUGUUAUUCAUUAAAACACAAACACGCACGCACGCACACACACACAGGAGCUCCUACACGAAAAAGUAAAUUAUUUAAAGUCACAAAAAAGACAACAAAUAGCACUAAACUAGCCAGCGUCAAAAGACGUGGCCAUCAUCGUUGCUGACCACUGACCUAUUUUGGGGGUGUUCUAGUUAUUAUGUGUGUACUUCCUUUGUACUUCCAUAUCUUACCAAAUACAUGCCGUGGAAAUGAAACAAAACAGCUAAAAUGCCAUAUUUUUUAGUACCUUCCCUAAAUGGUACAAAUGAUGGUCUUAACAAAUUCACACGUUAGCCACCUGUAACCAUCUGCGUGUCAGAACUAUGUCCCUCGUACCAGACACAGAAUCUGCCCAAACUGGACUUUAUUUUAGCAGACCAGUCAGUGAUGCUCAGUAAUUAUUGGUGGGAUAACCACAGUAGCGGUCAGAAAGUGCCUACAUGUGGUCUUUGUUAUUUUGUAAUUUUUGUUGACUUGAUGGCAGAUACUCCACUGGAAGCAGCAAAUGUGUUGUUGGCUGUUGGCCUAUUUUGGCUGGCUGUAAUUGUAUUAGUUACUGGAGAACUUUUUGUUGGUAUACUUAUUCUUAUUUUUAUCUUAAAUUAGAUGAGAAAGAGCAGUCAGACAAACCUCCCCAACAAUCCAGUACUAAAAAAACUGGUAAGGAACAAUGUUUUAUAAAUAAUUGAAACUACAGAAAGGUUUAAAGGUUAAAUAACAAGUUUCUUGCUUUUUGCUGACUUUGUUUUGCUAGUGUUGGUAUAUAUUUUUGGAGCCACUUAAGCUAUAUUUCUUCCAGUUUCUGUGGCACUAAAUGCUGAUUCGUUACUGCACCUAACAUAUCAGACAUAAAUGCACUGGUAACCAUUGUCAUAACUUCAGCUUGACUUGUAAAAUAUACUGUUUAAAAGGCUAGCAGGUGGGUAUUAGAUUUUUUAAACCUGAUAAUACACGACUGCGAGUUUUUUGAAUGGCUUCAAGAUCUCUGUAUACAUAUUUUAAUUGUAUAUAUAGACAUUUUUUAAUUUCUUAUUUGUGAAUAAUUUUUUUUGUUUUGUCCCCAAUUAGUUAUGAAAACUAAUAAUACACUGGCACAUUAAUACAGCUUUUACUUUUACCUACUUACUUACUCUAAUACUGUAGUGAUAUAGAUCAACUUGUUCUUGCACCGAUAUUUAGAUAUGGGGUUAUUUUGGUCUAAAAAAUUGGACGUAAAGUUUAGCCGUGUCUUUAUCAGAUAUAAAGACACUCAUAAAACAUCAAUUUUCUUUUGUUUUUCUUUAAUGAGUUUUUAAAGUUAUAAUAAUGAGGAUGCCUAAUAAAUGUCAUGAGCCUCAUAGUUUACUUUAGUCUUCCUUGCCACUGUUUCCAUCAUUCCUUCUUGUCUGUUUUUAUAUCAUUAUCUUGUAUAUGUUAUGUUAGUAUAUACACACUUAGUGAUCUUGGUGUUUUAAGCUAUCUGAUUGGUUUGCUAUCUCUGACUGUUCAACAGUAUUCACCUCCUGCGUGUUUCUUUCAAAAUAACGUGAUGUUUCUGCAAAGGAUUCUGCUAAUUAAGUGAGACAAAUCCCAACCAGGGAAUUCCCAACCAAGUUCCCUGAUUGGGACUUGUCUCACUCUUCCAAAUUUGGGACUUUUGUGGGUAUUCUUUAAAUACGCUAAAAUAUCCACAAAUGGGAAUCUGUUAUUUUUUCCUGUGCAGAAUGGCUGCUUAAUGGGGGUUCAACCAACAUAAAGCAAUUACACCAUAAAAAUGCAGUUGCUAAUGAGCACAAAAUCUAGUUUUUACAUCUAUGUAGAAGUUAAUGUUGUUAGAGUCCAAGACUGUAUUCUUUUUGUUUAUUUCAUAGAAGUAUUGAUGUCAGUUCAAACAACAAAAACAUCAACUUCAGAAAAACCUUCCGAGAGUGAACCAGAACAACAAAGUGGACAUCUUCCUUACACAUUUGUUGUGGUGGCAACAGUUUGCACAUGUAUGUUUUUGGUGGUUCUUGUAGUCUUCAGUAUUGUGCGGCAUACGACACUUUCAAAACGUCAAAGGAACUCAUCUAUAGAAAGAGCUCCUAUGAGAAUACGUAUUAGAUCACAUAGUCCCAGGCACAGAACUAGACAUCAUCGGCAUCAUCGCAGUAGUAGAGGCCAUGUUGUGAUGCAUGGUGCAGUGAGACAAACUGUUUCAGGAUUUUUCGAGGGCAAUGUUGCUCCUCCACCUUAUAGCGCGGUACUGGACGAUACUGAGAGUGUAAGAGCGGGUGAUCCGCCACCCCCAUAUCGACCACCUUCACACAUUGGUGUUAUUGUAUAA